AUGGAACGCACAUUAGGAUAUUUAGAAAUUAUAGAUAAUGGUGUAGAUACUGCAUCAGGGUUUGAGGUUACUAGUGAAGAUUUAAAAUGUGAAAUAGAUGGAUAUCUGGCAUUGAGAAAACACUCUAUGAUCAAAAUAGGUCGUCAUAGAAAGGAAUGUCAAUUGGUUCUUUUGGAUCCAUCUAUUUCUAGUGUCCAUGCAAUUGUUUGGGUGACACUUUUUGAUGAGGAGGCUACACCAAUGUUUUAUAUUAAAGAUGUAUCUUUAAAUGGAAUUCAAAUUAAUGGUUUUUCUUUAAAAAAAGGCAAUACAUAUCUUCUUCAAGAUAAUGAUAUUAUUAAUAUAUGGAGUGAUAACAACAAUAAUAACAACAAAAGUUCAAAGAUUUUAUCAGAACAAGAUUAUUGUAGACCAUUAUUUAAAUUUAUUUCUCGUAGGUCACAAAGCUUAAGCUCUAGUGGAUUGGAUAUUUAUGAAAAAUUAAAUAUAUCAAAAAGAAUUGGUGAUUGGGAAAUUGGAACGAAAGUAAUUGGGAAUGGGACCUUUGGGCACGUUUUAGUGUGUUAUAGAGAUCGGAACUGCAACAAUAUAGCUUUAAGUACAACUUCUAUUCAACGGAAAACACGUAGAUUUAAAAAGACAGAAUAUGCAGUAAAAAUCAUUAAAGUCAAACUAAAUAAAAUAGAUAAAGAAGCUAAAAUUUUAUUAACCUUAAAACAUCCAAAUAUUAUCAAAGUUCAUAGAACUUUUGAUGAUCUUAAUGGAAACCUAUAUAUUUUCCAAGAUUUAAUACCAGGAGGAGAUCUAUUUUCAUAUUUGGCUAAAGGGUCGUGCUUAUCCUCGAUUCCUGAAUCAGAAGCUUUAUUGAUCGUUUUCCAGAUUUUGCAAGCUCUAAGAUAUUUGCAUAGUAAAGGAAUUGUACACAGAGAUCUGAAGUUAGAUAAUAUAUUAUUGUGCUCUCCAGAACCGUGUACAAGGAUUAUUUUGGCUGAUUUUGGCAUAGCAAAACAUUUGACCUCAGACUUGAAAAGAAUGCAUACAAUUGUUGGAACACCAGAAUAUUGUGCACCUGAAGUUGGUUUUAAAGCUGAUAGACAAAUUUAUCAAAACUUUUCACGUGUUGCCACUAUCGAUAAUGAUCAUGCUGGUUACGAUGAAAAGUGUGAUCUGUGGUCCUUAGGUGUAAUUACUCAUAUAAUGGUAAGUGGUAUAUCUCCAUUUUAUGGGGAUGGUACAGAAAAGUGCAUUAUUAAGAAUACAAAGAAUGGUCGAUUGAAUUUUACAACAUCACAUUGGCGAAAAGUAUCAGCUACUGCCAAAGAUUUUGUAAGGGCAUUAUUGACUGUAGAUGUAGAAAAAAGAUUGGAUAGUGUUGCAGCGCUGGAUCAUUCUUGGGUUUCAAAGCAUAUAGAUCAAUUAAACCAAAUAUAUGAGAAAAGAUUAUUGAAGACGGAGACAAACCAAGAAAUAGAGGAGGUUUCCAAACAUAACAAAGAAUCUUUGAAUAUACUUGACAAUGAUCAUUGGAAGAAAAAACUUCCUAAAGGUUCUUCUAACCACAUCGUAAAAAAAGUCUUUAAACCAAAAUUUUCUACUAAGAAAUUAAAUAAUAAUAAAAUACAGCUGUUUAGAUAG